UCGCAAACUUGGCUGUCGCCGAUUUCCUCAUGGGUGUGCAAGGAGCCUUCUUCUCACCAACGACCAUUCUAGUCGAGUUCCCACCAAAGAUCAUAUGCCUUGGACACUUUACUUUGGGUACGCUCUCGGGCAUCGGAUCAAUAACCACUCUCAUUGCCAUCAACGUAGACAGUCGUUGGUACGUGUGGCGUCGCCCUCGUCUCCAUCUACGGUUACAUAAUGAUGAUUGCCAAGCACCACCAGCAGCAGAUCCACCAGGAACCGAGCAGCAGCGGUUCGCAGGAGGCAGCAGCGACCGCUAGCUCCAUCUCCGCGCAACUCGUCGAGCAUCUGAAACUUGCCAAGACGUUUGGCAUCGUCGUCGGCACCUUCUUCGUCUGCUGGGCUCCGUACUUCAUCCUGAUGCUGCUGAGCGUCGCCGACGUCUACUACGAUACGGUCGGCGUGGCGCGAGGCUUCGGCUACCUGCUGGUGUACUGCAAUUCUAGCAUGAACUUCUUGAUAUAUGCUUCAAAAAGCAGUCAGUUCCGCGCCGCCUUCCGGGCGGUGUUGCCCUCGCGUGGACACUAG